AUGAGAAUCUCGGAAAAGUUGCUGCAAGCACAUUCAACGUCCAGUCCACCACCGGCCACAUUUUCUUUUGAAUUCUUUGUUCCAAAGACUUCUCAAGGUGUCCAAAAUCUUUAUGAUAGAAUGGACCGGAUGUACGACUUGAAUCCUAUUUUCAUUGAUAUUACGUGGAAUGCAGGAGGUAGAUCGUCCAGUUUAACUAACGAGAUGGUCUAUACAGCACAAUCGACUCUUGGAUUGGAAACAUGCAUGCAUUUGACGUGCACAAACAUGAAGAUAGAGUUGAUUGACGAGGCAUUGCAUAAAGCAUAUGUUUCUGGAUGUCAGAAUAUUUUAGCUUUAAGAGGAGAUCCUCCAUUGGAUGGCUCCGAAUCUACUGGUGACUUUAAAUACGCCAAGGACUUAAUUAGAUACAUUCGUAACAAAUAUGGUGAUCACUUUAAUAUUGGUGUUGCUGCAUAUCCGGAAGGACAUCCAGAAGAAGAAGACGAAGAUAAAACAUUGCAGUACUUGAAGGAAAAAUGUGAUGCCGGAGCUAAUUUGAUCAUUACUCAGAUGUUUUACGACGCAGACAACUUUAUUAAAUGGUGUUCAAAGCUUCGUAAAAUAGGCAUUGACAUUCCAAUUAUUCCUGGAAUUAUGCCAAUUUCGACUUAUGCCGCGUUCAUCAGAAGAGCUAAAUGGUCAGAAGUAGUGAUUCCUCAACAUUUCUUAGAUGCAUUAGAACCAAUCAAAGAAGAUGAUUAUUUGGUUAGAGCUAAAGGUACAGAAUUGGUUAGCGAAAUGUGUACCAAGUUAAUUAAAUCUGGCUAUGUGAAUCAUUUACAUUUCUAUACCAUGAACUUAGAAAGGGCUACGAUCAUGAUUUUAGAAAAUUUGAAUUUAAUUGAGUCAGUGAAAUCGCACGAAGUUAUAGGUGGUAGUGACUUACCUUGGAGGAAAUCUUUACAUCCCCAAAGAUCAAAAGAAUCAAUCCGUCCUAUUUUCUGGCAAAAUAGAAAAUAUUCCUAUAUAUCUCGUACUUCCACCUGGGAUGAAUUUCCAAACGGGAGAUGGGGGGAUUCAAGAUCUCCAGCUUUCGGUGACAUUGAUUUAUUUGCAACAGAUUUAUUGAGACAAUCACCAAAGAAGGCAUUUGAUUUAUGGGGCCACCCUGGAACAUUGAAGCAAUUCUCAGAUAUUAUCAUUUCAUUUUUAAGUGGUAAAUUAAAUUCAUUACCUUGGUCCGACAGUGCUAUUGGUCAAGAUUCGGAGAUUAUCGUAGAUAACUUGAUUGCUUUGAAUAAAAAAGGAUUCUUUACUUUAAAUUCUCAACCAUCGUUAAAUGCUAUUAAAUCUAAUGAUAAAGUUUAUGGUUGGGGUCCAAAGAAUGGUUAUGUUUAUCAAAAGCAAUAUUUAGAAUUCUUUGUCCAUAAAGACAUCAUUCCUGCUUUAUUACAUCAAAUUGAUAACUACAACAGAGGCCAAGGAGAUUCCAACUCCUCCGUUUUGACUUAUUAUGCAGUUGACCAAAAGGGAAAGUUAUUUUCAAACACCAAAGACGAUGACAUUAAUGCAGUUACAUGGGGUGUUUUCCCAGGCGAGGAAAUUUUACAGCCAACUAUUGUUGAAAAGGUUUCUUUUUUGGCCUGGAAGGAUGAAGUCUAUAGAUUGAUUACAGAAUGGAUCAAAAUCUUUCAAAGUGAUUUUGUGAAAGAUGUAAACAUUACUAAAGAAGACGUUGAUGCUUUCGUUAAGUUAAUGACUAAUUUUAACGAUGAGUACGUUUUAUGUAAUGUGGUUAAUAACAACUUCAUUGAUGACAAUCAAACUAUCUUCAAGUUGAUUGACGAAUUAAAUAUUCCAGACUUAAAGUGA